AUGGAAACCUUGGCUGUGCUGUGGACCCUGGGUAGACACCCGCUAUUGCAGACGCUGGUUGUAGCUGGGGCCUGGGGACCCCCCAUGGAGGAGAACAAGGGGUCUGUGGAGAUCAUGAGAAAAGACCUGAACGAUGCCCGGGAUCUGCACGGCCAGGCCGAGUCCGCUGCGGCAGUGUGGAAGGGACACGUGAUGGACCGCAGGAAGAAAGCCCUGACCGACUACAAGAAGCUCAGGGCGUUCUUUGCCGAGGAGGAGGAGCGUUUUCUGCAGGAGGCGGAUAAAGAGGAGGGGUCCCCGGAGGAUGAGGACGCUGACCCGGCCGAGCGCUUUGGGUCCCUGCUGCAGGCUGUGUCAGAGCUGGAGAGGAGGCACCGCAAUCUGGGCCUCAGCAUGCUGCUCCAGUGAUGUCCUGCCCCCUGAGCCGGCUCCAGGCCCAAGAAGCUCCAUCCACCCUGGCCUGGCCCCCAGCAGCUCCUCCAUGGCCGCCUUCUGGACACACAGCAUCAUCCUUCAGCCACGAGGGUGUGCACCUAGGUGCACACGCAGGACGCAUGCCACAGGUGCCCACCUUGGGUUGCUCGAGACAGUGUCCCUGUUCCCUUAUCCUCUGGGUGUGGAUGUUCCCCAGGCUGUACACGUUUCACCGUAGAGACCUGCAGCAGGGGUAGCAACCCCAGGGUAUCACGACUCUUCAUAAAGCUCUUGUCGUUGCCCCCGA